AUGCCAAAAAAAUUUUCUGGAGAGAACAGCAAAGCUGUAGCUGCCAGAGCUAGAAAAGCUGCAGCAAAAGAAGAAGAUCAACGAAGGAAAGAAAAAGAAAAAGAAGAUGAAUAUUGGAAAGACGAUGAUAAGCAUGUACAAAAAAAAUUGCAAAGAAAGGAACAGCAAGAAAAAAAAAGAAUUGAACUUUUACAAAAAAAAGCUGAAGUUAAAAACUUAUUGGAAAAAGAAACAACUAGCUUGAAUCCACCCUCCAAACAGUCUGCAUCUAAAAUAACUAGAGCACAAAUUUUAGAGGAAACUGAAAAAAGAAAUGCUGCAGCAACAAAGAAAAAAGAACCAGUUACUCAUAUUGAUAAACCAUUAGAAGAAAACAUUAACAGGUUGCAGGUGGAUGGCUUGGAAGCCAGAACAGUUAAUGAUGCGAUUGCAAUAUUAAGCAUUAAAGAUGCUGAAUUGGACAAACAUCCUGAAAAAAGAAUGAAAGCAGCUUAUACAGCAUAUGAAGCUGCUAAUUUGCCUAGAAUUAAAUCAGAAAAUCCAACUUUGAGACUUUCACAGUUGAAGCAAAUUUUAAACAAAGACUGGAUGAGAGCUCCAGAAAAUCCUUUGAAUCAAUGUAAUAAUUAA